GGCAAAGAUUGCUGUGGGUGGAGAGGUGUGGCCUGCGACAACACCACCGGCCAUGUCACCAAGCUCGACCUGCGCUACCCCUACACAUACGAUUUGUGGGAUAUGUUUAACGAUGGGGAAACAAUAGGCGUGAGCAAGCCAUUGCUACGUUGGAUCUGUCUUGGAAUUCCAUCAUCACGUCGACUAUGCUAAGCUGGCUUUCUAACGCCACCAGCCUCGAGAACCUUGUUCUUUCUGGCUGUUGGAGUUUCACUAUCGAGUCGGUACAAGUUGCUCUAGGAGCUCUCAGUAAUCUGAAGGAGUUGGAUUUGUCAUUCAACUCCCUUAAAGGAGAAAUUCGUGAAAUUCUGAACAAUGUCAGUAGCAGCAGUGGCCUGAAGCACUUGGAUUUGAGCUGGAAUCAAUUAUCUGGAGAUAUUCCUCCAGGGAGCCUUAGAGACCUGGAGUACCUGGACUUAUCAUUGAAUUUAAUUGUUGACGUGCAUAUCUUAGCUUCUCUGGGGAAUCUCACAAACUUGCGACAUUUAGACUUGGGGGGCAAUUCAAUCAGUGGAGAAAUUCCACCAAUCGUGGGAGAUGCUGUCCGAUUGGAGUACCUAGAUUUGUCCAAUAAUGGCAUCAACGGAAAAAUACCACAGGCCAUCGGCAACCUCAGUAACCUAUUGGAAUUAGAUUUAUCAGGCAACAAAAUUGUGGGAAGGAUACCACCGAGCAUCGGCAACCUCACCAACUUGGUAUACUUAGAUUUAUCAUACAACAAUAUUGUCGGUUGGAUACCACCGAGCAUCGGCAACCUCACCAACUUGGUACACUUAGAUUUAUCAAGGAAUAAUAUUGUCGGUUGGAUACCACCGAGCAUCGGCAACCUCACCAACUUGGUACACUUAGAUUUAUCAAUGAAUAAUAUUAGCGGAUACAUUCCAGAGACUUUGGGUACUCUCAUCCAUAUGGAGGAAUUAAAUUUGUUUAACAAUAGUAUUUCUGGACAAAUACCAGAAACCAUUGGGGAUCUUCAAAAUCUACGGAUAUUAUUUUUAAGCAAUAACCAUAUUUCUGGGCAGAUACCAAAGAAGAUCGGUAAACUCCAUCGCUGGCAAUACUUGGACAUGUCAUAUAACAACUUAUCAGGUCAGAUACCAACGAUGGGUGAUUUAUGCAAUUUGACCAUGUUAGAUUUGUCUCGCAAUAACAUUGGUGGAGAGCUUAUAAAUUCAUUCAACGGUUUGUCUACUUGUUCACGAGGUGCAUCUUUAUCAUCCUUAGUCAUGAAGGGUAACAAUUUGAGCGGGAUUAUUCCUUUAAGUAUGGGCCAAUUAUCUCAGUUAUAUGAGGUAGACCUCUCCUCAAACUCGCUGACAGGCAACAUCACCGAAGCACACUUUUUAAAUCUUACGAGCUUAUCAGAAUUGAUAAUCGCUUCCAACUCCUUGAAUAUCAUGCUACCGAAUGAUUGGCGGCCCCCUUUUAAUGCCUCCAUUAUCGAUAUGAGCUUUUGUCAUCUACGAGGGAAAUUUCCUACUUGGAUUCAGACUCAACAACAAUUGCAGAGUCUUUAUCUAUCCGGAGUUGGAGUCUCAGGCAACCUCCCUAUUUGGUUUUCAAAUUUCUCAAAAGGUUUAAACAAUCUUUACUUGAGCUCCAACCAUUUGACUGGUCAAUUACCUUCUGCUCCCCUAUUCAUGUUAGAUCUCUCUAAUAACUCAUUUGUGGGACCUAUUCCAUUAGACUUCAGAGAAGCUACAAACCUCAAAUUAUUAUCUUUGUCUCAUAAUCAUAUCAAUGAUAGUCUGUCUCCCUUCUUUUGCAAUAUAUAUUCACUUGAAGUCCUCGACCUAUCUAACAAUCACUUAAUUGGAAAAGUCCCAGAGUGUCAUAACUCAUUUCCAACCUCUCUACGAUCUUUGCAUUUAAAUAAUAACAAUCUAUCCGGAACUAUUCCUUCAUUUUUGAAAUACUGUGACCAAUUAAUUAACCUUGAUUUAGGUGAAAAUAAAUUAUUUGAUAAAAUUCCGAAAUGGAUAGGAAGAAACCUCUCGUCAUUGAAGGUUCUUCGUCUGAGGUCAAACUUAUUAUAUGGUGUUAUCCCUGAGAACAUAGUGAAUCUCACUUCUCUUCAGGUUUUGGAUCUUUCUUCCAACAAUUUAUCUGGUAGCCUACCAUCAUCUCUAGGAAAUUUCACUGCCAUGGUUGAGAUACAAAAUGAUACUAGGUCAAUGAUUCAUGUCAUCACCUAUUAUUAUACCGAGAGCAUCUUAAUAACCAUAAAAGGAUUAAAUGUUACUUACACAACCAUUCUCUCGCUGAUGACAUGCAUAGACUUGUCAAAUAAUCAUCUCUCUGGUGAAAUCCCAAAAGAAUUGACAAAACUUCUUGGAUUGCGCUUCCUAAACUUAUCCAAGAAUCAUUUGACGGGAAGGAUUCCAGAAAAGAUGGGUGACAUGACACUAUUGGAAUCGCUUGACUUAUCAGUGAACAGUCUCACAGGGGAGAUACCUUCGAGCUUUUCUUCAAUGCAUUUCCUCGCUCGUUUGAAUCUAUCUUACAACAACUUAUCAGGAAAAAUACCAACGAGUGGUCAAUUGUCGACCUUUGACUUGUGGACAUAUGUGGGUAACAAAGACCUUUGCGGUACGCCACUGCCAGAUUGCCAUGUUUAUCAAACUCCACCUGACGCUAGAGUUAAACAUGAAGAUGAUGAGAAGCUCGAAAAAUUAUUGGAGUACACCAGUAUUGUGGUUGGAUUUGUUGUUGGCUUUUGGCUGUUUAUUGGCACGCUCAUCAUGAAGCAGGCCAUCAGAUUCACUUUCUUCCGAUGGAUCGACAAGGCUAGCGACUUAAUCUAUGCUCAGUUUGCAGUAAAUCUUGCGAAGCUCAAACCCAAAUGGCAAACAACGACAUGAACUGUGGGACUCGCAGAACUUUGAUUCAGGUGUCACCUGAAUGCUCUACAUAAGUUCCCGAUUUGCUGUUAUUUUGGUGUUUCUAUAAUAAAAGCACAUUGCCACCAGUUCACCUGAAGUAGGAGUCAAACUAGAAGAAGAUGAUGAUGGUGAUAUGCUUGAAACAAUAAUAUUAGAUGUUACUAGCGUUGUCGUGGGAUUCAUAGUUGUUUCUGGGGUUUCUAUCGGCGUAGUGAUCGUGAACCAAGGCUUAAGGAUUUCUCUCUUCCAACAAAAUGACAACAUCUAUGGCUGCAUGCAGAUAUGUGCAGCUGAAAGCUUUAGUCCAAAUGACGAAGAAUCGAUUGAACUGUGGCGAAGUGCUAUGAUUGUCUAUGUAGACUUCAUGUAU